AUGCCAACAGAAUGUCCACAAGGUGGAUACAAAUGCGGAACCAGUUAUCCAAUAUGGAUGGAUGGAUCCUAUCCGUCUUCUGGUGAAAUUACAAAUGUAAAGGCAUGUGUUGGAAAUUAUAAUGGAGGAUGUUGUACUGAAGUGAAAUGUCCAGAGGGAGAAACUUCAGAUAAUGGAGGGUUUACACCAGGAUGUGAAUACUUUAACAUUCUAGGAACCCUACCGGAUGUUUCUGACAAAACCGUUAACAGAAAAGUAUGUGAAUCAGGAUUACAUAGCACAUGUGACCAGAAGUAUGAUAUUAAAGUUAGAAAUUGUGGUAACUACAGGACCUAUUACUUGACACAGUUGAAUGUUGAUAAAUCGGCCUACUGCUUUGGUACAUUCCCUGUUCCUGACCCUACAACUACCACUACUACUACAACCACCACCACCACCACCAAGACCACUACCACCACCAACACAAAGAGACCACCACCAGGAGACCACCAUUCAUCAAAAGAUGAUGACGAUAAAAAAGAUGACAAACCCUACAUCUGGGUCAUUGUUGCUCUACUUGCAGUACUUUCAACAAUAUUGCUGGCUAUUCUUCUUGUAAAAAUCAUCUUACAAAGAACUGUAUCAAAGCGUGCGGUUAGCUUUGUUAAUGUAAAGGAAAAGUGUCCAACUUAUGAAGAGGCAACACAAAACGAAAAAAAUAAUCGUUUGCUGGAGAUUCAAACUGUAGGACAAAGCGCCCCUGGGAAUCAGUUCUCGGGAAGUACAAUGUCAGUUCCACCAACUAGUACAUACCUGGGGCAAAUGAAAAGAUGCUAGAUACUCCAUAAAGAGAAAGUCAUUGAAAUGUAUAGACAAACAUUGUAUAAAGUUCAAGCAAAUCAAAUGUAAUACUCUUUAUAUUUUCUGAAAGUGUGAAUCCAAAUUUACAUGUUUGUUUAUAAGAUAUAACUGUUUCCCCGCUUAUAUCAAUCCAUCAGAUAGGAUGUCUUUCUCGAAUUGUUGUGGUAGUAUCACUCAAUCUUCGAUUGGUGAACCUAGUUUUUUUUGUGAAAUUUUUACAAAGAUGCAGAUUUAUAAAAGAAAUGUGAAUCAAUUGACUCAUGCAAUUUAGCAAAAGAAAUUUAUAUAAUUGUUUUAUUUGAAUUCACCCUUUUUUAUUCAUUAUCUUUUUCAUUGAGGUCUUCUGUUGUUUUUCCUUGUAGUAUAAUCAUAGCUCUUUUUAGUCCACAGUUUACGAUACCGUCCAUAUUUAUCAUUUAAUUUUAAAGUUUACAUGUGUCCUUUCAAUACUUUUAACAUGUUAAUAUAUUCUGUAAAUAUGCUUCAUAAACUUGAAUUUUAAUUUUGCUACAUCAUGCAUUUACGUGUUGCUUAUCUAAAAUUAUCAAACCUGUCUAAGUUGAUCUAAAAGGGAAAGGAAAACAUCGGACAAUAUAGGUGACAUAUAGGUAGAGUUCAUGUUUAAGGAUAUGCUCAUUUUGGGCAAAUAUAAAUAUGAUAUACUUUGUGCCUCUUUUAGAUUGUUUAUUUGCUGACUCAACAUCCAUUUUAACCGACAUUUGUAAGUAUCAGGUCAUAUUACUUUGGUUUUGAUAAAUGUAAAACUUUUUUAUAAAUUGUCAAUGUCACAUGUAAGUUAUUAUUUAGAAAAUACAUAUGAAGACCAAACGAAUUACGAAACUAUACAGAAUUGGCAUGCAACGAAGUAUGCAUAAAAAAACAAUCAUUAAGGCAAGUGAAAAAUGAAGUCUGACAAAACAUUAUUUUAAAUUUUUGCUUACAUUGUACUGUAUGUUGAACAAGUUUUGUAUUAAGAAAUAAGUUAUCAAGAUUUAAUUUGUAAAAAUGAUAUUAUAAAGCUGCGCCCUCUCUUCUGUGCAAGGACUAAAAGCGAGAAAUGUAGAAGAGAGUAAAAAAUGUUCAAUCUGCUUGCUAAUUUUGUAAUGUUCCUUAUUUCAAAAUAAGUGUAUCGACAGAGCAAUUGAAAAACCGUAGAUUUUUGGAAAUUUUCACAGAGUAAACAUUAAAAAGUGUACUCAGCUUUUAGUAUUGAUGAAAAUCUUCUGUAAAUGAACAAAAUAUCAAUCUUGUUAACUCCAACCAAAAUUUCAGUAGAUACAAGAUAAAUAGACAAAGUUCAACGGCCGUAAAUGUGGUUCUACAUCUUGACAAUAUAAACAUGCUUGUAUUUAUUGAAAUGCCUUGUCAAGUACAAAAAGCAGGGUGUAACUUUCUUUUGGAAUCAUGUUCCCUGUAUGCACAAUUAAAUAUUUGUGAAAAGCUUAAUAUAAUAGCAUUCUUGCUUAAAUGCACACGUUUGGUUUAAGUAAAAAAGUAUCCUAUACAAUCAAAACAAUACGGUUCUACCUAAAGACUUAUGAAACUAGUUAGACAACUUAACCGGGUAUCAUGUUUGAUGAAAGACUAAAUCAAUAUGUUCCAUGUAGACUUGCAUACUAUCGCAAGAUCAUACAAAGUUACAUGAGAAAAAAUCAUUACCACUAUCUGGAACAGACAAACAAGUAAUAUAUGCCUUAUGGUAUAAUUAAAAAGAUGUAUAGGUAUAAGGUUACACAGGUUUGAAAUCAUGUGUUAUAUUAAUAAACAUUUUGUUAAACUGUUUUGUAUAUUAAGUUAUAAGAAUGUUAAAACUAAGUUCAAAAUCCAUCUCAGAUAAGAUGAAAAUAACUUGUAAAAAAGCGUUGGAUUCUAAGUGGAUAAAUGUAUGUCAAACAUUAAAAAAAAUACUUGUUUCACUUUUGAUUUCCCGAGUUAUAUAUAUCUAGGCAUGUGCAGAUGUCAUGGACAGAGUGUCACCUACAAAACAAAAACAUCUUGUGUAGAUGUGCAGAUAUCAUUCGGAGAGUAUUACCUUCAAAAUAAAAAGACAAUUGUUCCGGUUUAUUAUAUACAUUUUGAUUAUUUUUCAGACAAUAAAAUUUGUCAAACAUGUCAAAAACUAAAGUCUAAACUUCCCCGAAGCAUGACUGUCCUAGGACGGUCUGAUCUAUUUCUUAUCCAGCAUAAAACUAUUAUUUUCAAUGCAUUUAUACUUCUCUAGUUAUACAAAAGCUUGGCUCUGAGCUACAUGUAUCUCCUGGGAUAGGCUGAUCAAGAAAAGUGUUUCAUACAGAGAUAAAUUAGUAUACUGCAGUUUAAUUUUUUCAAAUUGCAAUAAAACACCAAUUAGACAAAAAACAACACAAAUAUGGUAUUAAGCUACUUAAGAAAUAAAGGCAACAGUAGUAUACCGAUGUUCAAUAGUCAUAAAUCGAUUAAGCGAAAACAAAUCCGGGUUUCAAUUAAAACCGAGGGAAAUACAUCAACUAUAAGAGAAAAACAACGGAACAAUAGAAACACUGAACUGCAACAAAACUAAACGUCAACAUAUAUAGAAACGGACUAUUUGAUAACUACUGCCAUAUUCCUAAAUUAGUACAGGACAUUUGAAGAAAAUAUGGUGGGUUGUACCAGGUUUUAAAUAAACGUAAGAACACUCAGGACAGAGAAAUACAUAAAUGAAUAAUAUAAUAGUACAUUACAACAUGUAAACCGCAGAACAACAACGGACACCUCUUAUGAAUUUAUGACAGUACACCAGCACACCACAAACGAAGAAUAAACUGCGCGUCACACGAACGUAUCAACGCCACAAAAAGUGACGUCAUUUUUGUGAUUUUUACAUCAUCACAGUUAAAUUACUAAAAACAAAAUAGAUUUAAUUUGUUAUAGACACGUACAAGAAUAUAAAAUUGGGAUUGAGUAUUAGUGUGAUUUUAUGUAUUUUCUAACCAUGACAGGAAAUAAAGGCAACAGUAGUAUACCGCUGUUCGAAACUCAUAAAUCGAUAGAGAUAAAAACAAAUCCGGGUUACAAACUAAAACUGAGGGAAACGCAUCAAAUAUAAGAGGAGAACAACGACACAACAAAAACACAACAUUAAAAUGUAACACACACAGAAACGAACUAUAAUAUAACAAUGGCCAUUUUCCUGACUUGGUACAGGACAUUUUAAGAAAAAAAUGGUGGGUUGAACCUGGUUUAUAUUGAAUACUGGUUUAUAUAGAAUAUUGACAUGGAAUUGUGUUUAUAAUGGUGUUAUUAUUUGUAUUUUCUAACCGUGUCGGUUUUUCUUCUAAAUAAAAACUGUGUAUAAACAAAAUAAUCCUGUACAUAUAGUUGCUUUAAACUUAAAAUCAUAUAAACGAAAUAGCUGAUUUAUUAUCUUAACUUUUAUAUACAUAUAGAAAAUAAAAAUAAAAUAACUGUAAUAUAAGGCAAGAUCAUGUAAGACCAAACAGUAAACACACUUGAAAAAAAAAAAAAAACAAAAAAAAACAAAAA